GCUGCUUCGCCGCGAGCGCGGGGUGUCUCUUGGCGGGUUGGCGCCGGUCUCGCUCGGGGCGGCCUGGCCCUGAACUGGCAGAUAGCCCUCGUGGGGAACGGGCAGGGGAUCCUUCUCCCCAGGCAGCAGCGCUCCGCCGUGCGGGCCGAAGCCCCCCUAGAGCUGGCGGGUGCUCAGCGGCCCGGGUGGCUCCUGUGGCACUGCCCGGUGGGCAGCUGCGUCGUGUCGCGCGUCGGCCUCGGUCCCUGUCGAGGCUGCAGUGGGCGCAGGCCUGAGGGCCGGCAGCCGGCACUGCCGUGGGGACGGGCAGGUCUGCCCUGCCCUCCCCUGCCGGUAGGGGAACCAGAGACUGAGGCAGCAAUGCCCCCGCGAAGCCCCACAGCUUCACUUCUGAACUGGAUCAGAGAGUGGCGCAUCAGCAUGCAGUUGCAUCACGGGAAUGGGCAUAAUGUUUUUAACAACAGUAUUACUCCGAAAGAGAAUUCCUGGAAAACAAUGGAUUGGAAAGUACAGGCGACCAAGAGUGGUUACCCUUUCAAUGAAGCAAGCAAUGAUCCGAAGGCUGGAAAUUGAAGCAGAGAAUGAAUAUUGGCUGAGUCGACCUUACCUGACACGGGAGCAGGAGUACAAACAUAACACAGAAGAGAGACAUGCAAAAUGGGAAGCUUUCAAAAGCCUGAUGAAAGCCAAGUUUCCCGAGCAUAGAUACAUUAGCGAUCAUUUAAACCACUUAAAUGUGUCGAAAAAGUGGAUAUCUUAAAUAAUACGGCGUAUUUAUAUUUGGCGCAUAUUAUGCACUACCACGGGAUCCGCUGUUGUACCUAUUAUGGUAGUUUUGUAAUUCAAUAUAAUAAGGGUAGAUGAACAAAUGAGACUUUGCUACAGUAUACAAAAUCUUACAUUAAAAGUAGUCCUACAGAACAGUA